AAGAAGAAAAGAGAGUCACAAAAUCUGUAGUCUCCUUCAUAUCUCAGAAACUUCGGCAUUGGGUUUCAUUACAAUUGGGCUCGAAAUGAAAAAACCAAACCGACCAGUCAAUGCAAGCUGGUUUGGAUUGAAUGAUGGGGAGAGUGAAAUUAUAGAUGCAGAAUUAUUGGUUGAUCUUCUUGAGACUUAUAGAUUUGGUAAAGAUAAUGUUCCCGCCGGAGAAUUUCGAUUCAAGGCGGUAGCGAGCACGCCGGCGCCUGUCAACAUUACCACCGAGAUAGAUUUGGAAGUCGAAGAGGAAGAUGAUGGAUCUCAAGGAAACAAGUCUGUUCGUGAAAGCACAUCAUCGGUAUGUUCCAAUUCAGAUCCAAUAGUACUUGAGACUACUGUCAGCGAAACCUGUUCAAAUAAUGAAACCGACUCAAACGAAGUAUCCGGUUCAAACGAAGUAUCAGGUUCAAAUGAAGAAAACGGUUUAGAUUGGUUAAAGUCGAGCUCCAUAAACUUAGCAAAUGUAGAGAACGAAAUGCAACAGAACAGAGAAAAUGAUGAGGUAGAAGGACAACAAGAGAAAGAAGAAGAAGAAGAAAAGAGCGAGAUAUCAUCAUCGGAUUCAGAAGAAAAGUCAAACCUAGAGAAGUUGCUUGAAACACAAGAAAACUAUGAGCUUUACUGUCCAUGUUGUAGCUCAUGUAUCACCAGAAAAGUGAUUCUCAAGAAAAGGAAACGUGGAAAGCACGUUGAUUUGAUGACGGAUCUAAAACUCAAUGCACCGGUUGAUGAAACUGACGAACCAAGCGACAUUGAAGAGAUGGAGCCACCGGUUAAGGUUCAUGUCCUCCCUGAGACCGGUAUUGAAGAUGAUGUUCAAGAAGCUAAAGAGGAGGGAAUUAUCUUCACAUGCUUGGCUUGUCUUAAGUACUUCAUCCGGUUAGGAACAAGGUUCUUAGAAUUUGUUUAUAUCAGGGCAAAACCGGUUGAGGAACCAGUUGAAGAAAAUUUAGAGGUGAUGAAAAGUAUUAACACAACACAAUCACUGCCACAAACUCAACCGGACGGAGAAAGAUUCGCCGUUGAGUUGUUGAAGAGCAUUAUCUACGGCGGUCUCACCGAGACCAUCACCAGCCUCGGCGUUGUAUCCUCCGCCUCUGCCUCCGGUUCCUCCACCGUAAAUAUAUUGGCUCUUGCUGUCGCAAAUUUGGCUGGUGGGCUCAUCAUUCUAGCUCAAAACCUUCAAGAUAUAAGAAACAGUUCAGAUCAAGAGACAGAUCGGUACAAGGAAUUGUUAGGGAGACGUGACAAUUUCCGGAUACAUAUCUUAGUAGCGGUCAUGUCUUACAUUUUCUUCGGCCUAAUUCCACCAUUAGUUUAUGCAUCCUCCUUCUACGAAACCGGAAUCAAGAACUACAAGCUCAUCUCGGUUUUCUCGGUUUCUCUGGUUUGCGUGAUUUUGCUCGGUUUGAUCAAGGUCUAUGUCCGAAAACCGCCAAACUCACGUGAAUCGAUUAAAGCUUAUCUCAAAUCUGCGGUUUAUUAUACGUCUAUUGUGGUUGCCUCUUCCGGAAUAUCAUACGUUGUCGGAGAUAUCAUGGGAGAGUAUAUCGGGAAGCUCAGUUGGAUUAGUUUAGACCAGGUUAAUAUAACUUCACCACUUGAUGGAAUUAAACCGGAAGAGUACCGGUUUACUUCCUUUUAAUGUAAGAACCGGUCAGACCACUAUCGUAUAUUUUUGUUCUAAUCACUUCCUAAAUCUCUUUUCCUUUCUUCUGGUACAUGCAAAGUGAACAUUUUUUUUGGGUAGGAGAAACGAGACAAAUGUAUGUCUCUCCAUAUGCAAAGUGAACUUUGUAAAGAGUUAAAUGUUAAAAUCAAUUAAGUAAUGCUUUAUUUGGA